AUGUACUCGGAACUCGAGUCAUGCGCCGACUUCAGCCAUGUCUCGCCUCUCACUCGCGCGCUGCUCGAGCGCGCCAGCCUCGAGACGCAGCUGCGCAUCCAGGCUGCCGAAGAGCGGCUGGCCGCGUUCGAGUACGGUGACAUGUGGCCGGCCGCAGUGGCCAUCACGGCGAGCACAAGCGGUCCUGUGGUCGCGGCGCCGGCGAAGGCGGCGAUGGAUCGCCUGCAGCAGUUCUUCGUCCGGUACUACACGCGCGAGUUUGGCUCUUGGCCGCCGCUGUCGUCGCAAAGUGCCGUCGCUGCCGCCCCUAAGGUGGUGGGGGGAAGAGCGGAAGACACCUGGCUGACGAGGACGGUGGCGCAGCGGUUGCAAAAGGACUUCGCCGCGCUAUACGACUACUUGGUCAAUCGAGACAUCAUCUGGGACGAGUCGGAGGCACGGCCAAGCCGGAAAUGGAUGAUGAUCAGCGAGAGCGGAAACCGCGGGUUCGAAGCUGACACGCCCGACCUACCCAUGACGGACAUGCUUGUCGAGUUCGACAAUAAGCACCGGUUCCCGCACAUCCCACACCCUUACCCCCUCGUGCCGGAGUCAAUCCCAUCAUUACCUGUGAUCAGCACCGCCGGGAGCGGGAGUUCGACGAGUGGGAUAUUCGGAGGCGGCGACGGCAGUGGUCGGGUAGGCGCAGCCGAGCGGCGCAUCCAGCUGGCGUACACGGAAGCAACCAACGUCUUCACGCUCGGCACGACGUUCAGCCACUCGACCCUCGUUGAUGCCUUCAGCAAGUUCGAAAAAGCCGACUGCAUCGGCGAAGUCGACCCGUCCACCGCCCGCCGUGGUCGCUGGGUGCUCAUCUACGGUGUCCUGCAGACGCUCGCCACCGUCUCCGUCGACGCCCCCAACGUCCGCUACAAGGACGGUGUCGCGUACCACCUCUCGCCGCGCCUCAAAGGCGUCAAGAUCCCUCCGUGGAAGACGGGCGCGGCUGGCCCAGACCCGCACGAGGCGACCCAUGAGCAGUCCCAUUGCUGGACGGUGCCCGCGUCGUGG